CAAUUUCACACGUCUGUCUGUCUAUCUAUCUGGCUAUGUCUGUGGCUGUGGCUGUGGCUAUGGUAUGCUACUUACUUAUCGGGAUAGAAGUCGUUGGUGGUGGCGUUGGAGUCGGUGCGGAAGAAGGGCGUCCCCAGGUGCGGCACCAGCCCGUCCAGCAGCACCUGCGCCAGACGCACAUCCUCACACUUGAGCUCCACCUUGCACACACCUGCACACACCACACGCAUCCAUCCAUCCAUGCAUCCCCUCGCAAACACAGGCCUCUCUGCUAUGCGUCUGACCUGUGAGCUGCCCCGUGCCGAGCCAGCAUCUCAUGAGGCAGAGUGCGUCGUGUGAGCCGCCCCGCGGCCCCACGCGCAGCAUGGUGAGCCGGGCGGCGGCCACCAGGGCGCCCUCUGCAAGGUGAUGCUUCAUACCCUCCACACGCUUGAAUGCGCCGCCGUAGGUGGCAUGGCGCGUCAGCUCGCCCGUGUCCUCACUCAGGGGGCGCGACAAACGGAUCAGCGACUGUUGGGGAGAGAGGUGGGCAGAGAGAGGGGCAUGAGAGUGUCUUCCUGCGUGUUGGUGUGUGUGGAUGUGUGUCUGUGCACUUGCCUGUCGUGUUUGGAAGUUGGGGUCCCACCAGACGGCGAGGAAUUGCUGUGGUGUGAGAGUGGCGGGCGAGAGGAACUUGGGCACGAUGAGGGGCAGCGUGAAGUGGCUGCGGUGCACCGAGUUGUCCGACAGGUACACGUCUACCUCACACUGACAAACAAACCAUCGACACACACACACACCCACACCCACACACACGUUGUCGCAAAGACAGGCGUCCGAUUGCAUCUCACCCACCGUCGGCGGCACGUCGAAGAGCCCCACCAUCUCUACGUGAAUCGGCUGUAUGUAGACACGCGCACGGCUGGCGGACGCCGCCGCGCUCCCACUCCCACUCCCACUCCCGCCGCCACUGGGCGUCCCCUCCGCCCCCGCCGUCGCCCCCUCCUUGGCUCCCUCCUUCUCCUUCUUGGUAACUAUCAGCGGCGCGUGCGACAUGGGCAGCAGGUGCAUCACGAGGUCUUGUCGGUCGGCGUUGGUGCACGAGAGUCGGACGGACGUGAAGCGGGUGGAUGGCGCGAGUGUGGGUUUGAGGCGCAGCUCGAUGGCGCCGCGGUUGCCCUCUCGUGUGGAUCGGGUGAAGGACAUCUGGCAGCUCACCUCUAACAGACAGACAGACAGACAGAUGGGAUGGGAUGGGUGGAAUGGAAACUAGCAAGAGAUAAUAGAGAGCAUAUUGUGUGUGUGCGGUGGGUGCGGUAGGGCGGGGGGGUGUGGUCCCGUACCUAGCAUUUCGUCUCGGUAGAGGAUGCCGUUGUUGGCCAUGCACAUCUCCCUAUAACGGUCCCUGCAACACGGUGUGUGUGGAUGGAUGGGUGGGUGGAUGUCACAGAUCUUGUUUCCCCUCUGCCUACCGGUUUUGCUCCUCAAUGGUCUUGUGCGCGUGAGGGGGCACAGUGAGGUCGCUCCUGAUCAUGGCCUCCAUCGGCUUCUCGCCCGUCUCGCUCACAUGCUCCAACUCCACACGCAGCCGGGCUAUCUCGCUCUCGCGCUUGCGCAACAACUCAGUCAACUCACCAACACGGCUGCCACACCCACACACACACAGAGUGUGGUGUGUUGUGUGUGCGGCUGUCUCUUAUGUGUGUUGCCUUGCAUACACUUCUAGCGAUGGCACGUCCUUCAUGUCGUUCAGCAGCGACUGGUUCUCGCGAGAGAGCGAUUCGAUCUGGGCCGACAGGGCCGGUGAGCGGUCGGGCGGGGGCAGGGGACGCCGCGUCUGCAGACAUCACACGCACACAAAGCAACAAAUACUACAGGCCGGCAAGAAUGCCGAGCAGCAGGGCGAAGCGCGUUUCGCUCGUAGUCAGACAGUCAGUGUGUCUGCCGUGCCGACCACAUGAUCAAACUGGCAGUUGUCGAGCUGCAGGUUGUUCUGCCCGCUACUGAGUGGGAAGGGAUUGCUCUCGUACAGCACACUCCACCCAUCGCCGCCUCGCGACUUGCCUGACACCAAGCAAAUCAAAUCACCCACAUGGCACACACACACGUGUGACGUGUGACGUGUGACGUGUGACGUGUGACGUGUGGCUGUGUGUUGGUGUGCCCGCACUGUCUGACAUAGCCAAGCCACAUACCAUCGACUCGUUGCCACACAGUCAGUGUGAGGUGCGAGGCCGACUUGAGCAGCGGCUGCCACAGGUCCACACCCUGCACCGCCAGCAGACUGUACCUGUGCUCACACACCACACACCACACACACCAUACAACAAUGACUAACAAGUCACAAGUGCGUAGUCCGCCCACUCACUUGACAGUGUGCACAGCCGUCCGGCCGUCGCCUUCGUCGGCACCCCUGAACUCAGCAACGGCGGGCGGACUGUGCUCGGAUGUCACCUGCUUAGGCCAGAGCAGAAGAUGCACACAAAGAGAGAGAUCUCCAUCCAUCCAUCAGGGCUGGGAUGGUCUUGCUGGGCUGGGCUGGUGUGUGGGGUGGGCCUGCCUGGUCGUAGGUACCGUUUUGGUGUAGCGGACCUCCACCUGCAGCUGAGGCAGCCUGUCGGUCGAAAUGCUAUCGUCCGGCCCAUCACCACCUAUGUUAUGUGCACACAAACAAGAAAACACAAGAAGCGACCAAUACACACACACACACACACGCCACGCGCCUCACGCCACACCUUCUGCAUCAUUCAUUCGUCCACCACAUCACAUCACACACGUGCUUCUACAGCUUUCUACCUUUGGUACUGCUCUCCUUGCGCCUAUCCUCGCGCCCGCCCGUCAGGUGCUUCACCAUCGGCAGGCCAAACCGGUCAGGCGCCCGGCUGCCCCGCCCCUUGGUGGUGCUCUCGUCAUCGCGCCAAAAGCGGGAAGGGCUCGGCAGCCACUGCUCGCCCAGGAAGGUCUCCUCACCCCAGAUCUCCACCAGCAAAGGCGUGGCAGGGGUGGCCAAGACGGCCAUGAGCUCGUCGAUGAGCCGGGCGGUCUCUGCCUCCUUGUGUGCAAGUUUGUGCUGGAUGGCCACGAGCUGUGCGGUGGGCUGGCCGCUGGAUUUGAGGAGCUCCUGCAUCUGCGACUCGUAGAGGUCCUGCUGCUGCUGGAGGGAGGUCUGGAGCUCCUUGAUCUGGUCAUCCUUGGCCGGGAGCUGCUGCUUGAGCCGGUCCAGCUGCUGCUGCAGCGCCUCACGGUUGGCCUGGUGCUCCGUCGCUGCCGCAUUGGCGCUGCACACACACAAAGAACACACACACAUACACAGAGAGCGUGUGAUGUCAUCUGAUGUGUGUAAGUGUUUUCCUGCAGGAUGAGCCCUCACUCAUUUCGCUCUACGAUGAUCUUGUUGAGUUCGCUGGUGGCCCUCUCGGCCUCCCCUUUCUGCUCCUCGACCUCUUUCUGGGCCUUCGCCACCGCCUUCCGGCCGCGGGAACGGGACUGCAACGAGCCAACACACACAGGCACUGCACUGCAGAUGGCGGCCAUGUGUUGCAUGCCUACGGGCCUAUCUACCGAGCAGUAACAGAAGAGUGAGAGCAGCCACAGGAGGAGGAACACGGCUCCCCCGAUGGCGCACCACAGCCAGAGGUCGAGGCCCAGGAAGUCGGUUUCGUUGUCCACGCCGAACAACGACGCCAUUGGCCUCACUG